AUGUUCGCACCUCCGAAUUGCGAACAUGCAGCAAUUCGACCUGUUGAGAAAGCCCUCUUUUUCCUGGCUUCGCCUUCCAUUACCUUCAACAAUUCCCAUGUAUGCUCAAGCUCCCUUGUUCAACUGGUUGCAUGGGUAUCCAAGGCGAAGAAGUCUCGACCAAACCUACAACAACACUUAAGUUCAUUAAUUAGGCUCGCAUUCACCGUUCCGAACAUAGAACAGUCUGGGGGAGGGCGACCGCAGUACAUGCGUCCACUAUCAGAUCACUUGAGCUUGGACGGCAUUGAGCAAAUCGAGCAUUUGAUGAAAUGCGCGCCGGGUGUGCAAGGUCUCUAUGUCGCGAAAGAAGACAUGUUACAGAACAGCGUGAAGAGACAUUUCAAAACUGACGUCUCGCAUUGGAGGUUGACCUGGCUGUCUGGGAUCGUACACGCGCGCAUCCACAUCGUGGCAAAGACCGGGCAACCUGCAGCAUGCUGUCAAGACGCCGAAGAUGCAACGGUAGCACCGGACCGUAGAAGUCAACGAAAGCAGUUAGCGUGUUUCUGCAUUUAUCGGUCGUCAGAAACCAAGAUGGAAGAGUGGUCUCCUGUGUAUGGCUCAUACCCGGGCGUCCAGACCCGCGGCAAGGUCAUUAAGAGUCAAGAUCCGACGUGCGGCAAGCCGCACAUCAUCCUGGACGAUCUCGUCUAA